ACAAAUCUUUGGUUUAGAAUUGUAAACACUAAACAGUAAACACCACAGGUAAACAUAUCGCACGUGUAGUACGCAGAAGACGUGCUGUUUUGAUAUGGCAUCCGUGGUACAAGUGUGAUGAAGAAUAAAAGUAAAGAGAAUUUAAGGUUACUGAGCUACAGGUAGCACUUUGGAACUAGAAUUUCGUAAUAUGAUUGUUAUCAAACGCCUUAAAUUAUACACAAGUACAGGUUAUUUUAGUGCGAAGACAUCAAAACGAUUUCUUUGCGACGACAAUAUUAAGGCGUCUAUAGAAAAAUCUACUAUUUAUGCCCUCUCUUCAGGUCAUGGGAAAUGUGGAGUAGCUGUUGUGCGUGUGUCAGGACCCAAGGCAAAAGAAGUUUUCCACAAAAUGGCUGGUCUUUCAGAUCCAAAACCUCGUCUUGCAACACUCCGAAAAAUUUGGGAUCCAGUGACAAAGGAAAUGCUUGACAGAGGCCUUGUCAUAUGGUUUCCAGGACCACGAAGCUUCACAGGUGAAGACUCAUGCGAGUUGCAAGUACAUGGAGGACCAGCUGUAGUUGCUGCUAUUUUUAAUGCACUCUCUAAAAUCCCUGGCUUUCGUCCAGCAGAAGCAGGUGAAUUCACAAAACGUGCUUUUCAUGCUGGUAAGCUUGAUCUGACAGAAGUAGAAGGCCUAGCUGAUUUGAUACAUGCAGAAACUGAAGCACAAAGGCGACAGGCAAUCAGGCAAGCUGAGGGAGCUCUGGCAAAAUUGUAUGGUGAAUGGCGCAAGAAUCUGCUUCAUAACUUGGCACAUGUUGAAGCUCAUAUUGACUUUGAUGAAUCUGAAGAUAUAGGAGGAGAUGUGUUUCAUGCUGCCGAACUUUCUCUGCACCAGCUGCGUGACAGUAUUCAGGAACACUUGUCUGACAACCGUAGAGGAGAAAUUCUGAGGUCUGGAGUUCACACAGCUAUUGUCGGUGCACCUAAUGCUGGCAAGAGCAGUUUACUUAAUAUUAUUUGUAGACGUCAAGCUGCCAUAGUAUCUCCUGUGGCAGGAACAACACGUGAUGUGCUAGAAUUGACAAUUGACAUUGGUGGAUACCCAAUGAUCCUAGCAGACACAGCUGGUCUGAGACAAGAAGUAGCGGAUGAAAUUGAAAAAGAAGGUGUAUCUCGAGCACAAAACAAAGCUGCUAGUGCUGAUUUUCUGCUGCUGGUUGUUGACACUCCUUCAAUAAUGAAUAAUUCUAAAAUACAAGAUAUUAGGUCUACAAUAUGCCACCACUUUGCUUCACUUGGCCUUGCAGCAGAUGUUUGUGACUCUAAAAAUAUGGUUUCUCCAAACUGCAUUGUGACUUUGAAUAAAAUAGACGUGCUCAGUGAUCUUGAAUCCCUUAGAGCAGUUGAACAGCAGUAUUCCAAUGUUGUCCUAAUGUCAUGCAAGACAGAAGAAGGAGUUCCUGAACUGCUUUCAAAAUUGACACACAAACUGUCUUCCAUGUGUGGGAGCACAAUAACCAAUGCCAACCCAGCACUCACACAGGCUCGCCAUCGACACCACCUUGUUGCCUGUGUCGAUUGUUUGGACAGGUUUUUCCAGUGCACUGGUGACACGGUCUUGGCUGCCCACCAACUGCGGAAGGCAUUGAGACACAUUGGUCAUAUCACAGGACAUGUUAGCAGUGAACAAAUUUUAGAUGUAAUUUUCAGAGAUUUUUGUAUUGGCAAGUAGCACUCAGAUAUGUGUGAUUGUCCAGUUAGUUCUCAGGUAUUCAUAAGGUGAGACAGAUAUAUAAUUAGCACUAUUGUGAAGUCUUCUUGGAUGAAUAGGAUGACUCUUUGUGCAAUAUUUGAUCCCCAAUUGCUUUCAGUAUUGUAAUUUCAGGAAGUCCUGCAAUCAUUGGAAGACCUACUGGAUGGUAGAUCAUGUAGGAGACGUCUCUUCCUAACCUAAGACUAAAUGAAAUAUGCUUACAAAUAAAAAAUAAUAGAGGCUCUUUA